GGGAAAAGAAGUUGGAUUUCUCUUUCCUAGUCACUUGAGCUCGACUAUGACUGCAGAAAUGUGGGACGUUAUUAUUGUUGGCGCAGGACUAUCUGGACUGAGCGCAGCUCAUUUGCUCAGAAAAAGGAAUGCCAAGUUGAAAAUACUGAUACUGGAAGGAAAAGAUCGGGUGGGAGGUCGCACAGUGACCACUGAAAUACCAGCAGCCAACGGUGUUGAUCGCUGGGACUUUGGGGGUCAGUGGGUAGGAAGCACCCAAACGCACAUCCUGGAGCUCAUAAAGGAGCUGGGCUUAGAGACGUUCCCGCAAUUCAAUAUUGGCGAGAAGGUUCACCACACGGGAGGGCCAGGUGCCAAAGUUCGCACCUACAGAACCAGUAUCCCUGCUCUAUCCCCAGUGGUGCUACUGGACCUCACCCAGCUCCUGUGGAAGUUUGACAGACUGUGUGCCACAGUAUGCGUCCAGGAUCCUUGGAGGACUCCCAAUGCUGUUGAACUGGACAGUAUGACCCUGCAUUCAUACAUUAAGCAACAUGCUUGGACUGCAGAGCUAAAAGAAGAGAUGGGUCUGUGUAGCAGAUCUGUCUUUGGCAUGGAGCCAUCGCAGAUGUCCUUCCUGUUCUUCCUCAUGUAUGCUGCAGCAGCUGGAGGGGUACUGCCACUGCUGGAAAGCACUCCAGGUUCUGCGCAAGAGCUCAAGAUAAGGGGAGGCACCCAACAACUUUCACAGUGUCUGGCAGAACGUGUCGGGUGGAAGAAUGUCCGGCUGGGUUCUGCUGUGACGGCCAUAUGGCAGGAUGCUGAGUGGGCCAGGGUGACCACCACGACCAACACCUUCCUGUGCAGAGCUGUGAUUGUCACCUGCCCCCCUCAUUUGGCAGCAAAGAUCCACUACCAGCCAGCCCUACCCAGCCAGAGAGAAUUCCUCACCCAGAACAUGCCUGUGGGCCACAUGAUAAAAUUCAUAAUUACCUACCAGACGGCUUUUUGGAAGGAGAAGGGCUUCUCUGGGGAAAUUGUGGCAGGAUCCUCCAGUGGGUGUCCAUUCUGUGUUACCUUUGAUGCCACCAGCCCCAGUGGUAAUGCUGCCUUGGUAGGCUUCAUUGCCGGCCAGCAGGCUUCUCAAUGGAGCUCCGAGGAGGGUGGGAAGAGAAGAGAAGCUGUGCUUUCCAGUCUGGUUAAAUACCUAGGUUGUGAGGCUGCAUCUUUCAUCCACUAUGAAGAAAAAGACUGGGCUAAGGAGGACUACAGCGGGGGCUGCCCUGUUAAUGUCAUGGCACCAGGUCUGCUAACCUAUUACCACCCUAGCCUGAGGAAGCCCUGUGGCAGGAUCCAUUGGGCAGGCACAGAGACAGCCACCCUGUGGUGUGGGUACAUGAGUGGUGCAGUACAAGCUGGUCAGCGAGCAGCUGUGGAAGUACUGGCUGAACUCUGCCCCAUGACCCUGACCCAGGAGGAGCAGCAAGCAGUUCAGCACAGUCUUACUGUCAAGGAUGCUGUGAAGCAAACACCAUCGUCUAAACACACGUACCCAUCCACAACCAAAGCUAUGGUCGUAGCAACGCUGGCAAUAAGUGCAGUCCUCUUGCUGGCUCAGAAUCAAAAUGCAUUGCUAAAGGUCAAAACUUACUUGACGAAUGUAUUUUCAACAACCACGCAGAAUAUAUUCCUGUUGUAACAGAAACCUGUAAAACAAGUGUUUGGUUUUGAUUAAUGAACAUGUUAGUUUAGCUGGGGCUCCCAUAAAACGUUGAUCUCUAUACUCUGAUAGCUGACGUUUUCCCUUUUUUGCUUGGGCUGCAAAAAAAAGUUGAUAACUAAUAUCUAAUUUGUUUUCCCUUUUCUGUCCUGUUUUUCAUGUACUGCAUAUUUCAUAGAAAGUUCAACUCAAUUAGAUUAAUUUGAAUGAUAUCCUAUAAUGUUAAUUCAUAUUAUAACAUUUGUUAAUUGUGGCAUUGUUUAAUAUGGUACAUCAAAAUCGCUUUAUAUUGACUUAGAGUGUGCAGAAAAAAUACAAAGUGCUCUUAAAACAGUUGAGUUAUGUUUUCUGUCAUUGUGUUUCUUUAAAGAUUAUAGUACAAUUAUCAGUCUGAUACUGAUAAUAUAAUUUAUUCAAUUUUCGAGUGAAUACAUUAUAUUA